GAAUCUUGUUCGGUAUCACUAGCAACAUCUGUCGCAAAAAUUGAAUAUACUCCAGCAUUUGUGGGACCGCGAGAUAUUAUCAAAGUUAUUGAAGAUUUGGGAUAUUCGGCAGCAGUGGCAAGCCAUGAUGAACAACUGAAAAGACUUGAUCAUUCUGCUGAAGUAGCGAAAUGGCGUACAGCGCUACUGGUAUCGUUAAUAUUCGGUAUCCCAGUGAUGGCCAUUAUGAUUUAUUUUCACUGGUUUCGUCAUACCUCAAUGCAUCCCGAAGCACAGACCCCAGUAUUCACUGCUGCACUCAGUCUUGAUAAUCUCGUUUUAUUUCUUUUAUGCACACCUGUUCAAAUUUUUGGUGGCCAGUAUUUUUAUGUGCAAAGUUGGAAAGCACUGAAGCAUGGUACAGCGAAUAUGGAUGUUCUGAUUGUGCUUGCAACAACUAUUUCAUAUGCUUAUUCAGUUGCUGUUCUUAUUGCUGCAAUUGCUUUCAGGUGGCCGAGCAGCCCAAUGACGUUUUUCGAUGUGACACCCAUGCUUAUUACAUUUGUUGCUCUUGGCCGAUGGUUAGAGCAUAAAGCCAAAGGCAAAACAUCGGAGGCUUUGAGUAAGCUGAUGUCAUUGCAAGCAAAAGAAGCAACGCUAGUGACGAGGGAUGAAGACGGCCGAAUUCUCACAGAACGAAGUAUCGAUGUCGAAUUGGUUCAAAGAGGUGAUUUGCUAAAAGUUCUCCCGGGUGCCAAAAUUCCUGUCGACGGGACAGUUGUGGAUGGAAAAAGCGCAGCUGAUGAAUCGUUCGUGACCGGUGAAUCAAUGCCUGUUGUUAAACGACAAGGUAACACAGUGAUUGGUGGAUCAGUAAACCAGAACGGAGCACUACUCAUACAGGCUACACAUGUUGGCCAGGAAACAACUCUGGCUCAAAUAGUUCGGCUCGUUGAAGAAGCACAAACAUCAAAGGCACCAAUUCAACAAGCAGCUGAUCGAAUCGCUGGCUUUUUUGUACCACUGGUUAUUGGAUUAGCAACACUGACACUUCUUGUCUGGGCAUUUGUGGGAUUCUAUGUGAUCGAUAUCGAAUAUAAAGAUAGAACAACACGACUGGAAGCAACACUGAAGCGUGCUUUCGAAGCAGCAAUCACAGUACUGGCCAUUGCUUGCCCAUGUUCACUGGGACUGGCAACACCAACUGCAGUAAUGGUUGGUACAGGCAUUGGCGCCGUUAAUGGUAUACUGAUUAAAGGCGGUGAACCACUAGAAAUGGCUCAUAAGGUGACCACAGUUGUUAUGGAUAAGACGGGUACUGUGACAGAAGGUCGUCCGCGCGUUUUUCGUAUAUAUACCGUUAUUGGCGAAAAUUGCAUGUCACUUUUCAAAAUGUUCGCAGCAAUUGGCUCGGCAGAAUCGAACAGCGAACAUCCACUUGCGAGUUCCAUUGCUUCAUUUGUGAAAGAGUGGCUAAAAACAGAAGAAUGGGCGACGGUACAGCGAUUUCGCGCUUCUGCUGGAAACGGCAUUUCUUGCGAAGUAACAAAAAUCAAUGACAUGUUGCGUAAUGCAAGCCAAGAAAAGAUUGACACAUCCAUCAAGUUGGCCAGUGGUCAAGUGAUUCUGACCAGAAAAGCGCAUUUUGGUAAG